CGCCGCCGCUUAAAAGGCUCCGGGAGCCGCAGCCGUCGGGUCGCCGCGGCUUUCGCUUUGCCGCCGCAGCUGGGCGGGAGGGAGCGGCGGACUCGGCUGCCGGCUGUCCCGGCGUCCCGGCUCGGGCAGCGCCGAGGGGCGCUUCUGGUCCAACCCUCCCGGUUCGGGGGUUCCCUGCCGAGGCGCCCGCGCCCCCGGGCUCCCAGCCUCGGCCGCCGCGGCCCCGAUGCCGAGGCAUGGAUAGAGCGGCGCUGCGCGCGGCAGCGAUGGGAGAGAAGAAGGAGGGCGGUGGCGGGGGGGAUGCGGCGGCCGCGGAGGGAGGCGCCGGGGCCGCGGCCAGCCGGGCGCUGCAGCAGUGCGGGCAGCUCCAGAAGCUCAUCGACAUCUCCAUCGGCAGCCUGCGCGGGCUGCGCACCAAGUGCGCCGUGUCCAACGACCUCACCCAGCAGGAGAUCCGGACCCUGGAGGCGAAGCUGGUCCGGUACAUUUGUAAGCAGCGGCAGUGCAAGCUGAGCGUGGCUCCCAGUGAGAGGACCCCAGAGCUCAACAGCUACCCCCGCUUCAGCGACUGGCUGUACACCUUCAACGUGAGGCCGGAGGUGGUGCAGGAGAUCCCCCGAGAGCUCACGCUGGAUGCCCUGCUGGAGAUGAACGAGGCCAGGGUGAAGGAGACGCUGCGGCGCUGUGGGGCCAGUGCGGAGGAGUGUGGCCGCCUGCAGUACGCCCUCACCUGCCUGCGGAAAGUGACAGGCCUGGGAGGGGAACACAAGGAGGACUCGAGUUGGAGUUUGUUGGAUGCUCGGCGGGAAAGUGGCUCAGGGCCUUCCACGGACACCCUCUCACCAGCCAGCCUGCCCUGGCCCCCGGGGAGCUCUCAGCUGGGCAGAGCAGGCAACAGUGCCCAGGGCCUACGCUCCAUCUCUGUGUCAGCUCUUCCUGCCUCGGACUCCCCCACCACCAGCUUCAGUGAGGGCCUCUCGGACACCUGUAUCCCCCUGCAUGCCAGCGGCCGGCUGACCCCCCGGGCCCUGCACAGCUUCAUCACCCCGCCCACCACACCCCAGCUGCGACGGCACACCAAGCUGAAGCCACCACGGACGCCCCCGCCACCCAGCCGCAAGGUCUUCCAGCUGCUGCCGAGCUUCCCCACGCUCACGCGGAGCAAGUCCCACGAGUCUCAGCUAGGGAACCGCAUUGACGAGGUCUCCUCAAUGAGGUUUGAUCUCCCGCAUGGAUCCCCACAGAUGGUACGGAGGGAUAUCGGGCUCUCGGUGACGCACAGGUUCUCCACCAAGUCCUGGCUGUCGCAGGUCUGCCACGUGUGCCAGAAGAGCAUGAUAUUUGGAGUGAAGUGCAAGCAUUGCAGGUUGAAGUGUCACAACAAAUGCACCAAAGAAGCUCCUGCGUGUAGAAUAUCCUUCCUGCCACUAACUCGGCUUCGGAGGACAGAAUCCGUUCCCUCGGACAUCAACAACCCAGUGGACAGAGCAGCCGAACCCCACUUUGGAACCCUCCCCAAAGCACUGACAAAGAAGGAGCACCCUCCGGCCAUGAAUCACCUGGACUCCAGCAGCAACCCUUCCUCCACCACCUCCUCCACACCCUCCUCGCCAGCGCCCUUCCCGACAUCAUCCAACCCAUCCAGUGCCACCACGCCCCCCAACCCCUCACCUGGCCAGCGGGACAGCAGGUUCAACUUCCCAGCUGCCUACUUCAUUCAUCAUAGACAGCAGUUUAUCUUUCCAGACAUUUCGGCCUUUGCACAGGCAGCCCCGCUCCCCGAAGCCGCCAACAGUACCCGGCUCAACGACCAGCCGAAAGCAGACGUGUUGGAGGCUCACGAAGCAGAGGCUGAGGAGCCGGAGGCUGGCAAGUCAGAGGCAGAAGACGACGAGGAUGAGGUGGACGACCUGCCGAGCUCUCGCCGGCCCUGGCGGGGCCCCAUCUCUCGCAAGGCCAGCCAGACCAGUGUGUACCUGCAGGAGUGGGACAUCCCCUUCGAGCAGGUAGAGCUGGGCGAGCCCAUCGGGCAGGGCCGCUGGGGCCGGGUGCACCGCGGCCGCUGGCAUGGCGAGGUGGCCAUUCGCCUGCUGGAGAUGGACGGCCACAACCAGGACCACCUGAAGCUCUUCAAGAAAGAGGUGAUGAACUACCGGCAGACGCGGCACGAGAAUGUGGUGCUCUUCAUGGGGGCCUGCAUGAACCCGCCCCACCUGGCCAUCAUCACCAGCUUCUGCAAGGGGCGGACGUUGCACUCGUUUGUGAGGGACCCCAAGACAUCUCUGGACAUCAACAAGACGAGGCAGAUCGCUCAGGAGAUCAUCAAGGGCAUGGGGUAUCUUCACGCCAAGGGCAUCGUACACAAAGACCUCAAAUCCAAGAACGUCUUCUAUGACAACGGCAAGGUGGUCAUUACAGACUUCGGGCUGUUCGGGAUCUCGGGCGUGGUCCGAGAGGGACGGCGUGAGAACCAGCUGAAGCUGUCCCACGACUGGCUGUGCUAUCUGGCCCCUGAGAUCGUGCGUGAGAUGACCCCUGGGAAGGAUGAGGAUCAGCUGCCGUUCUCCAAAGCUGCUGACGUCUAUGCGUUUGGGACUGUCUGGUAUGAGCUGCAAGCACGAGACUGGCCCUUGAAGAACCAAGCUGCGGAGGCAUCCAUCUGGCAGAUUGGAAGCGGGGAAGGAAUGAAGCGUGUCCUGGCCUCUGUCAGCCUGGGGAAGGAAGUCAGUGAGAUCCUGUCGGCCUGCUGGGCUUUCGACCUGCAGGAGAGACCCAGCUUCAGCCUGCUGAUGGACAUGCUGGAGAAACUUCCCAAGCUGAACCGGCGGCUCUCCCACCCCGGGCACUUCUGGAAGUCAGCUGACCGCUGGAGGAGCCGCUACUAUGGAAAAGGACGCUACGGCCACCCUGACUUUAAGAGCUCCUGUCCGGUUCUGGAGGAAUACAUUAACAGCAGCAAAGUUGUACCCCGGUUUGAAAGGUUUGGCUUGGGCGUCCUGGAGUCCAGUAAUUCAAAGAUGUAGCCAGCCCUGUGGUUUUUCAGCUGCUGAUCUCUUUCUUUUUAAAAUGCGUUUCUGAAACAUCCAAACAACCACCGCAACAAAAAAUAGACUGCCUGCCCAGCGCUGCAAACCAGGAGCACGUGUCCUAGAUUCAGACUGUUUGCAAGAAACCCCAUUCGGGAGAGGGAGCUGCACCUGCUAUUUCUUAACAUGACACCACCAACAACCAAGCCUGUCCUGACAGACAGCAAAUGUUUACACGUGUAUGUCUGCUGAGUGAACCUGAUGUUUUACAAUAGAUUAAUAAUAGAAACAGUCUGUGCGUAGAUGUGCUGGCACCGACGGCCAGGAUGGCGGAGAUGGCUGUGUCCUCUGGAGGACCUCGUAGGGACCCAUGCUGGGCCAGAGGGGAAGACACGCGUGGCGAUUGCAGCUGUUCUUGGGAUGGAGCGGGAGCCCACAAGGUCUGCCCUGGACUCGGCUUUUUGGCCCAAGAGCCCAUUGAGGGAAUCGGGGACUCUCUCUAGGCCUCUCCCCUUGUCCUUUCAGAGGGAGGCUGCCCCUUCCUCGUUUUGCGGAGGAAACCCUGGCUGGGAACUGAGUUAGAUUAUGGAGUCUGGAGUUCCCGGAGAGCUUGGGUUCACCUUCUUAUCCCUGUAAUCCAGGCUGCUCCUGUUGGAAAAAUAGAAACAGAAUCCAGAAAAUGUCUGGACUCACCCAGUGGUUCCAAGCCAGGGUUUCUGCUGCAAGGUGAGGAAACACCCAUGGCUUGUACAGAUGUGAGUCUUCGAUGAAGCCCCAGCAGGCGUCAAGGUGAUGGGACUCAGGACCUCGGCUUUUCGGUACAUCCCAGUCCCUGACUGACAUCUGACCGCAAGGGCUGGAUGGGUGAGAACGAGGAAGACGGGAGAAGGAGAAGGAGUAGAUGGCGAAGGUACCUGAGCCCUCUUCCCAGCCACAGGGUGACCCUGUCACUGUAAAACCCUUUGUCAGUCAUGCCAGAAGGUUCUAGAAUUUCCCACCUCUUCCAUGUCAGUCCUGUUGAAACCCCUUAGCCCAUUACCAACUCCUCUGUCCAUGCUCUGAGCUCAGAUGGGUGGCAUGCGGCCCGUGACUCCUUUCAUGUAGACCCAGCUAGCUGGCCCCCGUCUGCAGAGCCUUCUCUGGCACCACUAGGCCUUCUACUUGUGUGCACUUGAAGCAGGAGGGGCUGGAUUUGGAAAAGUCUUUGAGGCGAGAGCCCCACACUUGUCUUCAUUAGCAACUCUCACCUGCAGAGAAAAGUUCCAGAUGGCAAGGGAGCCCUUAAGUGGAGGUUAGGCUGCAUUCGGCUCCAAAACCAGAAAGGAGAAAGGGGUGUUGGGAGUGAAGAUGAGAUUGGAUUCAGGCCCGGAACCUGUGACCAUGCUCUGAGCUCGGACUUGGGGAGGGAGGGAGGUGGCUCCCACCCCUUGCAGUUAGACCCGCCUACCAGAGCCCCAGUCUCCAGCCCCUUCCCUCGCACCAGAGCCUGGUCAAAAUGCCACAGAAGAUAGCUGCUCUGCCAGGAAGCUGUGGAGCUGCCGCCUCUCCAGGUCGGGCACCCCUUGGUCAGCCCCUCCUUGGCACAGCUGUAUAGCAGUGCCAGCGUGCCUGUCCAUCAGCGUCUUCACCCUUCCCAGCACUUGAGGGGUAGCCGUAAACCACACGGACUCAGCUCCAUGCGGGGCUUCUGUGCUGUGGUGGGACUGCUUAUUUUGCCCUGUCAUCCUUUGGGCCUCCUACAUCCCUGCCCCUUCCCAGGGAUCACCUGUGUCUCCGGCCUUCCACCUUUCUCCUGCAAACGGCGCCCUUUUUCCAGGCGAGAGCAGGCCCGAUGGAUGUCCUGGUGAGCCCCACGGUUGGACAUCAGCUCAGCCAGUCAGGCUCAGUUCCUCCCCAACCCCUGAUGCCAGGCCACAGUGGGAUGCACAGGCCCCCAGAAAGUCAGUCCGGGUUUGGCCUUUUCUCCUGAGCAUCACAGUUAAAGAAGCACUUCGUUGAGCAACUACAGUGUACUUGGCCGUAUGCAAGUGCUGGGCGCCUAGAGGUGGGGCAGUCACGGUCCCUGCUCUUAAGGAACUGAUGACCUGGUGGGGCCCUGUUACCUUCCAGGAACCCAGAAGCCACUGGGCCCCAAAGGUGGAACUGGAGGACUGGGGGCAGCCUUCUGGCUCUCAGCCUGCCACCUCUGCGCUGCCUGUCUUUUAAGAACCCCACCCCACCCCGUGGUGGUCCCCCCGCUUCCCUUGUAUUUCAGUGACUGUGAACUGAGGUUAGGAAGGCACCUGCCCUUCUGUGUGUUCUCUCCGUCUGCCUUGGAAACACGAAGGAUGACAGAUACUGUGAAUUCAGCCCUCACGGCCCACUGUGAAGGGCAUGGAGAAGGCUGGGAGGGCUUGGGGGAGCUCUGAGGGGCUGUGGAAGUCCCCACUGGGGUCUGAGAGUGGAGCCCACACUUGGGUCCUCCAAGGCACCCCCAGUUUCCAGCCUCGCCUCAGAACCCCUGCUGCCUUGAACCACCAGAGCCACAGCCCCCUGGGUUUCUGCCUAACUCAAAGUCUUGAAUCCUAGCUAGUUUGGGGUUAGUUGUGAGCAGUGUGUAGCAAAGCUGAUCUCUCCAUGUCGCCAAAUCAAAACACCCUCUGUCUCCUUACAGCAUUUCCUCUUGAGGUCACAGAGGGGAAUGGCAAGCCCUGGCAACCUGUGCUGUUCUGUGUGGAUUUGGCCUGGGGGGGAGGGCGGGCAUGUCAAUGUGAAGCCAGUUGGAGUUUGUGCUGUGCAGCAGUGUUAGCCAGGACCUCAUCAGCGUGUGCAAACCUAGCAUCUUCUGUGGCCACAAGCCACACACUUGCUUUUUUUUUUUGAAUGUGAUGUAAAAAUUGUACAGUAAAGUUUUUAUAUUUUCUAUCAACUGCAUUUGUCUUCCAGACAUGCUAUUAAUUUAAAUUAAAAUGGUUAGUAUUAACAAACGUGCUGUAUCGGUUUUUUUUUUGCCACUGGCAAGAACAUGCCUUCUGUGCAUGGGCUAAGCUGGGCCCGGGCAUCUGGAGUUUGUGAAUAAAGUUAUACCAA